GCCUGCUGUGAAAUGAGUGCGUUUCAGAACAAGGGUGACAAACAGUCAGACAGACUGAAAGCAAAGCAAUAACGGGGAUCACGUUAGCGUUUCUGCUGGCCGCCAUAGCCAUUAAGACUAAAUAAACAAGAGUAAAGUCACCGGGAGAAAUUAUUAUACAGCCGACAUCGAAUUCCAGUGAUCAGGUGACUGGGGCUGGAAGAACCUAAAGAGUUGGGGUGAUGGAUUCUUCUUCUGACCCCCUGAGUCAGCAGGCUUCCCAGAUUUUCCAUUAUGGCUUAUAUAGCAGCCCCCCCAGUGCCAUCCCCUCUGCGCCCCGCUACUCUGGGGGCAACCCCCUUUCCUACCCCAUCACAUCCCACCUCCUGCACUCUGGUGGCCCACAGCAAGCAAACUUCUACAGGCACAGCCAGUCGACCAGCGAAGACUUGGAUCCCACCCUUGACAGGGAGCUUGGAGCUGUGGAGGAGAAUGCGGGAAGGAGAGCAAAGGCCCCGGCAGCCUCUCCUGUGCCUCAGUACCUCUCCAGGGGGAAAAAGCGGCCCUCCUUUGAGAUGGGAGACUGGCCCCAGCAGCUAGUGAAUGGGAAGAGGGUAUGUCCUGAGAGCUUGCUGAGAAGAGCGACAGGGAGGGGAGAGGUCGAUGGGGAAUGUGGGGGGAGGGGUGCUGAGGGGGUUCAGAGGAAGGUGAGGAGAGGAGAGACUCGGGGGAGACAAGGUGGCACGGAGAUCCGUCAGCGCCAGAGGCAGGAGCUGAAGGUCCUUCUGCAGGAGACCAGAGGAAAGCUGCUGGAGCUGCAGGAGAGAGUGUGCAGGGCAUACGGGGAGCGGCGGAGCGGCCGAAGAAGAGAGGAUGGAGAAUUGGCCCUAGACGAUGGGCUGGAGAUGUUCUCAGAGGAUGAGGAAACAAGCGACUUAGGAGGGACGUCCCUCAAAUGCCCUCUGCAUCCUUCAGGAGGCAACAGUGUGGAGAAACGGUCCGACGGCAACCCGGGCAAUGGCACAGGCUCCCAGCAGGGAGCUCCGGGGGAGGGCAGGGUGCUGCUGGAUUGCGGCCUGGUCAGGGGCGAGUGGGAGGCUGGGGGAGAUGGAGGGCCAAAGUUCGCUCAGGCCCUGAAGCGGGAGUUGGGCAGCGCUGUGGCCAGGGUCAUCGACCGAGUCACCCACCUGUACACCCAAAGCUACCCAUCCUCCACAGAGGAUCCAGCACCAGCGGAAGGGGUGAGGUCUAAGAAGGAGGAGUUCCCUAAGGUAAACAAGGCCCCGCCCUCCCUGGGGCUGCCUGAGCCGGGGCCCUUAGUGCCAAACAGGAUACAGGAGAAGCUGGUGCAGAACCCAAAUGUCAGUCAAAAUCCGCUAUUCUCUCAACUGAAUUCCAGUCUGCACCCCCUGCCACGGAGUCACAUCCCUGGCCAGUUACCCUCUGAAGCCAAGGACCCUUUCCUCAGCUCCUAUCCUCCUGCCCCUCCCCCCAUGCCCCUCCCCCUCCUGCACUAUACCAUGCAGCACCUCUUUGCCCGCUCACUCUCCAACUUCCCGCUCCACAAGGACUGCAUGUCUACGGACUCCUUCCUGGAUUUCAGCUCUCACACCCCAUCCUUCCCUCCCAUGCCACUCCUGGGGCAGAUGGAUGCCUCACUCUCCACCCUCGACAGGGAGGGAGGUGGGAGAGGGCAAGCGGGUGGAAUGCUGAGUGGGUACAUGGAUGGGGGGGACUCCUCUAUCUACCUCCCUGGGGGGUCGUCCCAGGAAGGCCUGUCUCCCUGUCACCUGAAGAAGGCCAAGCUCAUGUUCUUCUACACACGCUACCCGAGCUCCAACACCCUCAAGACCUACUUCCCUGACGUGAAGUUCAACCGCUGCAUCACCUCCCAGCUCAUCAAGUGGUUCAGUAACUUCCGGGAGUUCUUCUACAUUCAGAUGGAGCGUUUCGCCCGGCAGGCAGCGCGGGAGGGUCUGACCGGCCGGGGCCAGGGGGCACUGCGUCUGGGGCGGGACUCGGAGCUGUACCGUAUUCUCAACCUGCACUACAACAAGAGUAACGAUUACCAGGUGCCCGACAGGUUUGUGGAGGUGUCGGAGCUGGCCUUGAGGGAGUUCCUCAACGCCAUCCAGGCAGGGCGCGACACUGACCCCUGCUGGAAAAAAUCUAUAUACAAGAUCAUCUGCAAGCUGGACAGCCCUGUACCAGACAGCUUCCGGCUGCCUGGGUGCCCCCCAAGCGGCGCUGCUGCUGAGUGACCUGCCGCGCACAGCCUGACCCGAACACGACGCAGUGUGUGACGUCACACUAAACAAGCGCAGUACGCACUUCAGCUCAGAAUAACUAAACUCAAAACAUGAACACUAAAUAUAAGAAAAGGUGAACAAUCAUUAGAAUGGCAGCAUUUGGGGCUGUACAUAAGGUUCAGUAUACAGUACAUAAGGUUCAGUAUACAGUACAUAAGGUUCAGUAUACAGUACUGUGGCAAAGUUUAAGGGAAAGAAAAUGUUUAAAUGAUCUUCAUGCUGAUGUUAUGCCUGUCAGUGUGUGUCAGUUUAGCCAUCUGAUAAACUCUCCUAAAGUCACCCCAGUAUUUGCAGCACUGUGCAUUACACCCAUUUUAUUGACCAUGUCUAUGUUUGGCUAAUCAGUACCUCACCGAUGAACUGAGGAGAGGUUUGGGAAACACAGCGGAGGUCUCACAUCCACCCAGGAAGGUAUCAGUGACUUUUUGCAGAGCAGAGUAGUGAUUCUUGAUUAAUUUUUUAUUGUGUUAAUGUUAACUUGCAUAAGUUCUAAUAAUUGUUUUUUUUCUGAGGAAAUACACACUUACUACCCAGAAAAAUACUGUUAAAUAUUUUCUUUGAGUGCUUAAGACUUUUGCACAGUCCUGUAUUUAUCGAUCUUUUACCUAUGUGAUCUAUACCUAACUGUUUACCUGGUACAGGGUUAUGUUGAGAUUCACCCUAAACAACUCAUUAAUAACUUGUGGCCUGCAUACACACAGACACAUUCACACACACACACACACACAAACAUACACACACACACACAGGUUUGUAAUUAUGUCUUUGUGGGGACUCUCCAUUCAUUUCUAUGGGGAAAAC